AAGAAAUAAAGAAUGAGCAAGAAACAAACUGAUGCAUGCCUUGUCCUUGCUGAAACCAAUUAAGAAUUUGCCAUUGGCUAAUGACUUGCAAGAAUGGAAAGAACAAGAAGAAAAAGUGCAGGGAAGGUAUAGAGAAAAGCUUGUCAGUUCGCAUUUGAUCACAGGUUUUGAAGUUGCAGGACAGGUGCAGGGAGAGAGAGAGAGAGAGAGAGGAGCGUUUCCAAAUUUAAAACUUGGGCCAUGAGCAUGACAGAGUUUGGCAAAGAACGUCGGUUCUGUUUCCUUUUCGAAGAAUAUUUUUUGUCGUAGCUGCUCGUUUCUCCAUUCGUCGAGUUUGAGCUCUCUUUCAUUUCAUUCUGCUCGUGGGUUGUCCAAAUUUCUUUCCCAGAAACCUUUCUCUUUAGAGAUCUGUCUGCUAUGAUUCAGUGCCUAAUUCAAAGGUAAGAACUUUCUCACUCAUCUUCUUCCAAUCUGAUCUUUGUUUUUUACUUCCUAUUAAGCUUACUUCUUUAAUGCUGAACAUGGCUUGAAUUCUCUCCCUCUCUCUCCAUUGAAACUGCUGGUUCAUUUCUUGCAAUCUAGUUUUUACUUUUUCAUCUUCUUAAUACCUAAAUCUUUAUCUACAUGCUUUUCUGGAUCUGGGUUUUGGGUAUUUUUCCCUUUUCUUAUCUUGGUUCUUUCAAACUUUGAGUCUUUUCCACUUGAUUUUAGCUGAACUUAAGUUCAAAGCUCAGAUCUUUCAUCUUUCGAGCUUUCCUUUUUCCUCCAAGUCUUUGAUCUUUUAUUUGGACUUGGCUAAAGGCUCAUUAUUAUUCCUGUUAUAUUUUCAAGUUGGAGUCCAUAAAGAAGAUGGGCAAGUCUUUUCCUGCUUCUGUUCUUUUUUUACUUUGUUUAUCCUCUGCAGUCAUCCUUGUCUUCGCUCAAAAUUAUGUCCCAACUGAUAAAAUCCUUCUAGAUUGUGGGGCAACUUCAGAUAACGCAGAUGAUGAUGGUCAGAAAUGGACUGCUGAUAAAAAUUCCAAGUUCUUGUUGUCUUCUGACAAUUCUACUAUAUCCUCAGCUGCUACUCAAGACCCUGCUGUUUCCCAAAUCCCUUUCAUGACUGCUCGUGUUUUCCACUCCAAUUUUACCUAUAGUUUCCCUCUAGCCGCUGGUCGAAAAUUUGUUCGUUUGUAUUUUUAUCCUGCUUCUUACAGUGGCCUUAAUGCCUCGGAUGCUUUAUUUUCUGUCACUGCUGGGUCCUAUACCAUUCUGAAGAACUUCAGUGUUGCUCAAACAACACAAGCAUUGAAUUAUGCUUAUAUUGUUAAGGAGUAUUCUAUUAAUGUAGAUGGUGGUUCUUUGAAUAUAACUUUUAGUCCAUCUACGAAUCCUUCAAAGUCAUAUGCAUUUGUGAAUGGGAUUGAGAUUGUCUCUAUGCCUGAUAUUUAUGGUAGUACUGAUGGAACUUUGAUGUUGUUGGGCAAUGAUUCUCCAAUUUAUAUAGAUAAUAGUACUGCACUUGAGAAUGUAUAUAGGAUAAAUGUGGGUGGGAAUGUUAUAUCGCCGUCAAGAGAUACUGGCAUGCUCAGGUCUUGGGUUGAUGACCAGCCAUAUAUUUAUGGGGCGGCAAUUGGUGUUCCGGAGACUGCUGAUCCAAACAUGACGAUUAAAGACCCUGUGCCUCCUUAUAUUGCACCAAAAGAUGUCUAUUCUACUGCUAGAUCAAUGGGGCCAACUGUUUAUGUCAAUUUGAAUUACAAUUUGACUUGGAUUUUCAGUGUAGACUCUGGUUUCAAUUAUUUGGUUAGGCUCCAUUUCUGUGAAGUUGCUUCCAAUAUAACCAAGAUUAAUCAGAGAGCGUUCACCAUCUUCCUCAAUAAUCAAACUGCUGAAGAUCAAGCUGAUGUAGUUGCCUGGGCCAAUGAACACAAUGGAGUUCCGGUGCAUAGGGAUUAUGCAGUCCUUGUUUCUAGUAAGAAUCCUCAGGAGGAUCUAUGGCUGGCAAUUCAUCCAAAUACUGAUGCAGUUUUGAAGUCCCAGUAUUAUGAUGCUCUCUUGAAUGGAGUGGAGAUAUUCAAACUCAGCACAGCUGAUAAUAAUCUUGCUGGGCCUAAUCCAGUUCCUCUUCCUAAACCGGAUAGAACUGACCCAUAUGUUAGACCAUCAUCAGGUUCUGGCCAUUCAAAGAACCAGAAAGCAAUUAUAGCUGGAGGUGUAAGUGGCGGAAUUGUUCUAGCCCUUGUUAUUGGUUUCUGCAUUGUUGCUGCAACUCGUCGUCGUAGACAUGGGAAAGAAGCAAGUGCAAGUGAUGGGCCAUCUGGGUGGCUCCCUCUUUCUUUGUAUGGAAAUUCUCACUCUGCUGGUUCGGCCAAGACAAACACUACGGGAAGUUAUGCUUCUUCUCUGCCUUCAAAUCUUUGCCGCCACUUCUCAUUUGCAGAGAUCAAAUCUGCCACCAACAACUUUGAUGAGGCUCUGCUCCUUGGAGUGGGAGGUUUUGGCAAAGUCUACAAGGGAGAAAUUGAUGGUGGAACGACUAAAGUUGCAAUCAAGCGUGGCAAUCCGCUUUCUGAGCAGGGUGUGCAUGAGUUCCAGACUGAGAUAGAAAUGCUCUCAAAACUUCGGCAUCGUCACCUUGUUUCAUUGAUUGGGUACUGUGAAGAGAACUGUGAAAUGAUCCUUGUUUAUGAUUACAUGGCGUAUGGAACAUUACGCGAGCAUCUAUACAAAACCCAGAAGCCUCCUCUGCCAUGGAAGCAAAGGCUUGAGAUAUGCAUCGGUGCUGCUCGUGGUUUACACUAUCUCCACACUGGUGCCAAACACACUAUUAUCCACCGAGACGUUAAGACAACUAACAUUCUUUUGGAUGAGAAAUGGGUUGCGAAGGUUUCUGAUUUUGGCUUGUCCAAAACAGGUCCUACAUUGGAUCACACUCAUGUCAGCACUGUAGUGAAGGGUAGUUUUGGUUAUUUGGAUCCAGAAUAUUUCAGGCGGCAGCAACUAACUGAAAAGUCUGAUGUUUAUUCUUUUGGAGUUGUGCUGUUUGAGAUCAUAUGUGCUCGACCAGCCUUAAACCCAGCACUACCAAAGGAGCAAGUUAGCUUGGCUGAGUGGGCUGCUCAUUGCCACAAGAAAGGCAUUCUUGAUCAGAUUGUUGACCCCUACCUGAAGGGGAAGAUUGCACCAGAAUGUUUCAAAAAGUUUGCCGAGACUGCAAUGAAGUGUGUGUCUGAUGUGGGCAUUGACAGGCCAUCAAUGGGUGAUGUGCUCUGGAACCUAGAGUUUGCCUUGCAGCUACAGGAAAGCGCAGAGGAGAGCGGCAAGGGCAUUGGCAGAUUAGACGAGGAAGAGAUGCCAUUCAAUACUGCCUCUAAAGGGAAGAAAGAUCUUGAUGCAUCCCCUGGUUUUGAUGGCAAUAUAACAGAUUCAAGAAGCAGCGGAAUGAGCAUGAGCAUAGGCGGCCGGAGCCUUGCUAGUGAAGACUCUGAUGGGUUGACACCAAGUGCAGUGUUUUCUCAGAUCAUGAACCCUAAAGGACGUUGAGAUCAGAGGGAAUGCAUUUAUUCAACCAAAAUCAGCAAAUUUUUACUGUCAAAGUGUUAAUCAUCCAAGGAAGUUAAUUUGGCAAUUCAUUUACUCAAUCCUUCUUUUGUAUUUGUCUUUUCACAAAGUUAUGGUAUGUUUGAUCAAAUCAGUUAAAAUUUGUAUCUACAAUUACUUGGAAGAGUGUAAAAAAUAAGGUGUUUGUACUUCUAUUUUAACAUUGGUAAUAGUAACUAUUAUUUGUUUAA